AUGAGGGGGUUAAUGGAACCCGGGUCAGCAGGGCUGGGCUGGCCUGCGGCAGGGUGCUGGCUGCCCCAGCAGUGGGGAAGUCAGAGGGCAGGAGCAGCCGGCCCCAGCAGACGCACCCCUGCUCACUGCCCGCCUGUCGUCUGCACGCGGGAUGGCCCUGAAGAGAGGAGGCCCGGCCCUGGCCGUGCUCCUGGUCUCCUGGGCAGCGCUGGGCCCCUGCGGCCUGGAGGGAGCGGAGCCCGGGGCUCUGGGGAAGGCUGAGAGCCCGCAAUGCCCAGCCGUCUGCACCUGCGGCCACGAGGACUAUUCGGACGAGCUCAGCGUCUUCUGCAGCUCCAGGAACCUCACGCGGCUGCCCGACGGCAUCCCGGACGGCGCCAGGGCCCUGUGGCUGGACGGCAACAACUUCUCCUCCAUCCCCGCGGCGGCCUUCCAGAACCUCUCCGGUCUGGGCUUCCUCAACCUACAGGGCAGCGGGCUGGCCAGCCUGGAGCCGCAGGCACUGCUCGGCCUGCACAAUCUCCACCACCUGCACCUGGAGCGGAACCAGCUGCGGGGGCUGGCGGCCCACACGUUCCUGCACACCCCGGGCCUCGCCUCGCUCGGCCUCAGCAACAACCUGCUGGGCAGGGUGGACGAGGGCCUCUUCCGCGGGCUGUCCGGCCUCUGGGACCUCAACCUCGGCUGGAACAGCCUGGCCGUGCUCCCGGACGCCGCCUUCCAGGGCCUGGCCGGCCUCCGCGAGCUGGUGCUGGCGGGCAACAAGCUGGCCUACCUGCAGCCCGCACUCUUCUGUGGCCUCGGCGAGCUGCGGGAGUUGGACCUGAGUAGGAACGCCCUGCGCAGCGUCAAGGCCAACGUCUUCGUCAAACUGCCCAAGCUCCAGAAGCUCUACCUAGACCACAACCUCAUCGCCGCCGUGGCCCCCGGCGCCUUCCUGGGCCUGAGGGCGCUGCGCUGGCUGGACCUUUCGCACAACCGGCUGGGCGGCCUCCUGGAGGACACCUUCCCCGGCCUGCUGGGCCUGCACGUCCUGCGCCUCUCGCACAAUGCCAUCGCAGGCUUGCGGCCCCGCACCUUCAAGGACCUGCACUUCCUGGAGGAGCUGCGGCUGGACCACAACCGCAUCCGGCAGCUGCCCGGCCAGGCCUUCGAGGGCCUGGGCCAGCUGGAGGUGCUCACGCUCAACGACAACCAGAUCCAGGAGAUCGAGGCGGGCGCCUUCCUCGGCCUCCUGAGCGUGGCGGUCAUGAACCUGUCCGGGAACUGCCUGCGGGCGCUCCCGGAGCGGGCGUUCCAGGGCCUGGGCCGGCUGCACAGCCUGCACCUGGAGCGCAGCUGCCUGGGCCGCAUCCGCCCGCACGCCUUCGCCGGCCUCUCGGGGCUGCGCCGGCUCUUCCUCCGGGACAACGGCAUCGUGGCCGUGGAGGACCAGGGCCUGCAGGGGCUCGCGGAGCUCCUGGAGCUGGACCUCACCGCCAACCGGCUCGCACACCUGCCCGGCCAGCUCUUCCAGGGGCUCGGCAAGCUGGAGUACCUGCUCCUCGCCGGCAACCGGCUGGCGGCGCUGUCCGUGGACGCCCUGAGGCCCCUGCGGCGCGUCUUCUGGCUGGAUGUGUCGCACAACCGCCUGGAGGCCCUGCCCGAGGACGUGCUGGCCCCACUGGGGCAGCUGCGCUACCUGAACCUCAGGAACAACUCCCUGCGGACCUUCGUGCCGCGGGCCCCCGGCCUGGAGCGCCUGUGGCUUGAGGGCAACCCCUGGGACUGCGGCUGCCCCCUCCGGGCCCUCAGGGCCCUGGCCCUGCAGCAGCCCGACGUGGUCCCCCGCUUCGUGCGGGCAGCACCGGACGGCGACGACGGCCAGCCGCCCGCGUACGCCUACAACAACAUCACCUGCACCGGCCCCGCAGCCAUCGCCGGCCUCGACCUGCGGGAUGUGGCCGAGGCCCACUUUGCUCACUGCUGA